UUGGCACCCAGAGAUUGAUAUGUACUUAUUUAUUUGAUCCUUCAUUUUGGGAAAACACACAAACCAAAACUAUUGUCUUCUUCAUCUUAUAAUUCUAUUCACGAAAUGUCUUCAAUCUCUCUGCAAUUUACCCCUUUGAUUUCCCCGGCUUUGCAGCAGCGCCAUUAUUACCCACCUCUCAGGCUCAACCUCCGUCGUCUCCCACCGCCGAAGCCGCCUGGAUACCUCGCUACAGUUCGAUCACUUCAACGAGAUACCGAGCUUCCGUCGUUGCCACGGCCACCGCAAAAGCGAACUAGCCGUUUGACGAAAUUUGUUUCGACAGCGGCGGGGUUGUUCCCUCUGUAUAUAACGGGCGGCGGCAUUGUGGCUUGCCUGAAACCAUCUACGUUCUCGUGGUUUGUGCAGAGAGGGCCGGGUUCGUAUAGCUUGGCUCUUGGUUUGGUUAUGUUGGCCAUGGGACUCACUCUCCAACUCAAGGAUUUGUUCAAUCUCUUCAUGCAGAGGCCACUUUCUAUAUUAUAUGUAUGUGUAGCUCAGUACGCAAUUAUGCCAGUGGUCGGAGCUCUCAUCGGAAAGUUUCUUGGGCUACCGCCGCCGCUUUCGGUGGGAUUGAUUUUGCUUGGAUGUUGCCCGGGAGGGAUUGCUUCGAGUGUGGUGACUUUAAUUGCUCGAGGCGACGUUCCUUUGUCUAUUAUAAUGACUGUAUGCACCACUCUCGAAGCCGUAUUUCUCACUCCAUUUCUCACGAAAACAUUGGUCGGAGCUUUCAUUCCCGUCGAUGCUGUAAAGCUCUCUCUCAGCACCCUUCAGGUGGUGGUAGUUCCUAUUUUGGUAGGUUCUUACUUGCAGAAAGCUUGUCCCGAGCUGGUGAAACGAAUCAUACCAUUUUCACCCCUUUUUGCAGUGUUAACUUCCUCACUCCUUGCUUGCAGUGUCUUUUCAGAGAAUAUAGUUCGUCUCAAAUCAUCACUUGUUAGUUCAGCGUUAAGUUCCAACGCAUCACCAUGGAUUGGUUUUAAAACGAUGUUAUCUGGAGAGUUGGGAGUUGUAAUACUUGCCGUGUUUUUAUUACACCUCACUGGUUUCUUCGUUGGCUACAUAAUAGCGGCUAUCGGAGGGUUUCGGGAACGAGAACGAAGAGCUAUAUCCCUUGAGGUUGGGAUGCAAAAUUCAUCGCUAGGAGUAGUUUUGGCAACAGCACAUUUCAGUUCAGCAAUGGUGGCAUUGCCAGCAGCAAUGUCAGCUGUGAUAAUGAACAUGAUGGGAAGUAGUCUUGGAUCUUUUUGGAGAAAUUUUCAGCCUUCUGAUUCACAAACACCUACUCUUACAUCUCCUGCCCACUAAAAACAAAUUAUUUUUUUUAAUAUAAAAAAAUUAAAUUAAAAACUUUUAUAUCUCAAUUUUAGGAUUCCCUCCCCUCGGUAAAAUUUAAUUUACAGUAUUCUGAAAGGACAAAUUGUAAGGUGGGGCCUACCUGGGAGUACUGAUUUGAUUGAUGAUCAGAAUUUGACGGCUGUGAUUCCUUCAUCAGAGUUGUGCACUGACAUCUGAUGGCUACCAAAAAAGGAUUCCUUACAUCUCUCUCUCUCUCUUGAAUAUAUGUUUUUUUUCCUUUCCUUUUUUAGUUGCAAUAUGAUUUUUGUUCUUUAGUUUAGUCUGUGUUUUUAGUUGUUUAAACUUAGUUGG